UUUGAAGCUUUCGGCAGUUAUGUAUCAAUCAAUUGAGAUUUUGCCUUGUGAGGAGGGUUUUUGGAAGCACUAGGCUUCAUUUCGCCUCAACCUCACUGACCUUCUCCAAUUCCCGCCGGUACAGCUCUAAAUUUCCUUUCCGGCCAUUUCUCCGGUCGCCAUGUGGGCUCUUCGUCGAGCUUCUACGCCCAUCAGGAACCAAAUACUUGGAAUUGGGGCUUCAUGUACUUGUCUUAGAUUAGAUGUAUUGACUACUUGCACAGAUGUAAAACGUGGCAUAGCUACUUCCCAUGUCUCAUCUGAUAGUUCUCCAAUUUCAAAUUGGUUUCACAAUGCGAUUUGUGGGCCUUCAGGACAUGGUGUGGACAGACGCAGUCUUUCUUCACAAGCUGGUGCAAGAAGUAGUGGGGAGGAAGAUGACUUGGAAGAUGGGUUUUCUGAACUUGACUCACCCAAAAGAACAAUUCCAACUCAAACUACUAAUUUAGAGGAAGACGACAUGUUCAUUUCUAAUCCAAAAAUCAUUGAAGAUGAUGAUGGUGAUUUAGCAGGGCCCUCUCAAAAUGAUUUAGAUUUAUCAGAGGCUACGUGUCAGGACCUUCCGCCCUGUGACAGUACGCAUGAUUUGGAUGAAAAGAGACCAAUAAACAGAAGGGCUUACUCAAAAUUGUUUGAGGCCAUAAUGAGUUGUCCAGGUUUAUCUGUUCAUAGUGUUCUGGAUAAAUGGGUGAGAAAAGGAAAGGAUUUAGACAGAUCUGAGAUAUCAGUAACCAUGCUUAAUCUCCGGAAACGUCGACUUUAUAGAACAGCAUUGCAGUUAUCAGUGUGGCUGGAGGUAAAUAAACAUCUUGACUUUAUUGAAAGAGAUUAUGCUUCUCGCAUCGACUUGAUAGCAAAGGUAUGUGGCUUAUCAAAGGCUGAACAAUACGUUGCGAAAAUCCCAAAAUCUUUCAGAGGUGAGACAAUCUACCGAACACUAUUGGUCAAUUGUGUUGUUGCCAACAAUGUGAAGAAAGCAGAGAAAGUUUUCAAUCAAAUGAAGGAUCUUGGGUUUCCGAUUACUGCAUUUUCUUGCAACCAGUUGCUUCUUCUUUACAAGCGACACCACAAGGAGAAAAUUGUAGACAUUUUAUUAGUAAUGGAGAUAGAAAACGUCAAACCCUCAGCCUUCACUUUUAAGAUACUAAUUGAUGUUAAAGGUCAAUCCCAUGACAUGGUAGGAAUGGACCAAGUUAUUGAGAAAAUGAAGGCUGAUGGAAUUGAACUAGACAUCGACACACAAGCCGUCAUUGUUAAGCACUAUGCUUCUAGUGGGCUUAAAGAGAGAGCUGUGGAAGUUCUCAAGGAUAUCGAGGGGAAUGACCUGAACAAGAAGCGUUGGGUUUGCCGUUUUCUCCUCCCUCUCUAUGGAGUAUUGCAAAUGGCUGAUGAAGUGGAGAGAGUUUGGAAUGUCUGCAAGUCAAAUCCUCGAAUCAAAGAAUCCAUGUCUGCCAUUGUUGCUUGGGGGAAGCUGCAUAAUAUUGAACAAGCCGAAGCAGUUUUCGACCGUAUGUUAAAAACAUGGAAGAAGUUGUCGACGAGGCCAUACCAUGUGAUGCUGGAGGUUUACACAGACCAUAAAAUGCUGACUAAGGGCAAGGAUCUCGUGAAGCAUAUGGCGGACAACGGUUUUCACAUUGGCUCCUUGACCUGGAACAAAAUCGUUAAACUUUACGUGGUAGCAGGAGAUGUGGAGGAGGCUGACUCUGUUUUACAAAAGGCGAUCCAACAGACAUCAAUGAAACCGAUGCAGUGUUCUUACAUGAUGAUUUUAGAUCAAUAUGCAGGAAGGGGAGACGUUCAUAAUGCUGAAAAAAUGUUCCACAUGAUGAGAGAGGCAGGGUAUGUGAGUGGGCCUCGCCAGUUUCGUUCUCUGCUGCAGGCUUAUAUCAACGCCAAGGAACCAGCUUUUGGCAUGAGCGAGCGAAUGAAAGCAGACAAUAUAAAGAUUAAUAGAACUUUGUCAACGCUUUUGGCUCAGGCGUUAGGCUAGUGUAUUUACUUUUAGAAACACAGCAGUUUCUGAUUUGUUUGACUCAGGAUAAGUUUUCAUAUGUUCCUGGAUUUUGUUGGUUAGGAAUAAUUUUGAAAUUUAUGAUUCUAUUUUGAAAUUUCAUCUCUAUUUUGAUCACUA